CAAUUAAUGUAAAAGCAACAAAUACAAAUUGGGACGUAAAGCCGUCUCGAUUUCUUGCCCGGGAAGAUGGCAGCCUCCCGCCGCUCCCCAUCUUCUUCCUGACCUUCGCAUCUCUUCUCAUCUUCUCUUCAUGAUCGCAUCUGCGUUACUGCAGUUUUGACGCCAGUCGAUAGCCUGGUUUCCUUCGGGGGGGUUGGUGAUCACGGCAGAGCGGAGGGAUCGCUCGGUCAAGAUCAUCGCCCCGGGGAAGAUCACCCUAACCUCACGCCACCUUCCCGCGCCUCAGGGCGCUCCACCUCAAGCCUGUCGCUGGUCUUUUUCUACGCCUCACGCCAUAGGCCCCGGAUCUCGCCUCUUGUCUGUGGUCGUCAUAGGCAGUGAUCACGAUCACUGUCUAUGACCUGCACUAGCUUAACUUAUGUAUGAAGUUCCUUUACCAUCUGCUACUAGCCCUCAUCUUCGUCGAGCUGGUAGCAAGCCUAUUUUUACAGACCAGGAUUCCACUGAACCUGGAGUUGCUAAUGACUUAGGCUUAGUUUUUCCGACAAAGGUAAAUGAGAUGAAGAGUCCCAGCGUGGCAGCUUCUAGCGUUGCAAUGAUCCCAUCACCAAUUUUCUUGUGGAGAUUCAAGGUUUUAUUGUUUCUUAUGUGGGGCAUCAGCUGUUGUAAGAUAGGCUGGGACUCUGUAAUGCAAAUGAAUACAGAUAAACGACAUCUGUUUCUUUAUGAGGCAUUUUUAUAUUUUAAUCCACUUCUUCUUGUCACAUUGAUGGUUUGGCUGUGGGGAGUAAAUCUAUGGGUUUUUUCUCAAUCUUCUGUUAACUAUGCUAAAGUAUUUGAUCUUGACCACACUCAUCUCACAUAUCGGGAGAUAUGGAAGUGUGCAACCUGGAUGACCAUCAUAGUUCCUACUAGUAUGGCAGCUUAUCUCUAUUUGUAUUCACAUGGUGAAGUAUCACUAGCUGCAUCUCAACCAGUUAUUCUUUAUGCUGCCAUUCUAAUGGUUCUCAUAUUCCCCUUUGAGAUCUUUUACUUGCCAUCCCGCUACUACUUGUUAAGGACUGUAUGGCGCAUAAUACUCCCAUUGCAGGCAAUCACAUUUUCUGAUUUCUUCUUGGCAGAUAUCAUGACAUCAAUGUCAAAGGUAUUCUCAGAUUUGGAGCGGUCAGUUUGUCGGAUGUUUAACCGGCAGGUUGCAACAAUAGCUUGGUUUGAAGCUGAUUCUGUAUGUGGCAGCCACUCUGUUGUAAUUCCUGUAGUGCUUGUCUUUCCCUAUGUGUGCCGUUUUUUCCAAUGCUUACAACAGUACAAGGAUACUAAAGAAAGAACAUGUCUUUUUAAUGCUUUAAAAUAUUCAACUGCGGUUCCCGUGAUUUUUCUUUCGGCUCUCAAGUAUCAUGUUCUCCCACUCAGUUGGACUAAUUUCUACCACCCUCUUUGGCUUAUUUCUAGUGUCAUAAACUCAUUAUAUUCAUUUUAUUGGGAUGUCACACGAGACUGGGAUCUGAGUGCAUUCUCUCGUAUUUUCAAGUUUAAAAAUCCACAUAUCUGCACAAACCUUUUCUAUGGGCGAAUAUGGGUCUAUUAUUGGGUGAUAGGAAGCAACUUAAUACUUAGGUGCACUUGGACUUACAAACUUUCAGCUCAUCUUCGGCACAACCAUUUGACAGUUUUUACGAUUACUGCUUUGGAAAUAAUGCGGCGGUUUCAGUGGAUCUUCUUUCGGGUCGAAAAUGAGUGGAACAAGAUGAUGAUGAUGAUGAGCAAGCCAAGCUUGGAACUAUCCAUUAAUGAAACCCCAGAGGAGGAAGAUAGACUACUGGGAUCUGCCAACCAUAACGUGUAAACGAUGGUGAUUCGGCACUUGAGUGGCUAUUUUCAUGUCACCAUUUAUUCUUUUCCGGAGAAUCUGACGGCCCUGCACACAACAUAAAUCAACAGGAAUGAGGUAU